GAGAUGGUGGUGGUGGUAGUGGUGGUGAUUCGGGAGAUGCAGAAGCGUAGAUCGGAGGUGGAGAUGGUGAAGCGGGAAGGGAGGAACUGGAGGACGGUGGCGACGGAGCAGAGGAUGAGGAGAGCGGUUAAGAGGAGCUUGAGCUCUGCGGCGCAGUUCCACACGACUCCCAGAAACACCUUCUUCUCGCCGCCGGCUGCUGCUGCUUUCUCCCUCUCCUUGGCCAUUUUCAUUGUGAGAACUGAGAACAGAGAGCCUCCUCUGCUUUUUUGGGGUUUGUUCUUAAUUAAUCCCUGCUGUGGAGGCAGAGAAAAGUACGAAUGGAAGUGGGGACGAUGGUGAAUGAGGAAGGAGAAGGAGAAGCAGAAGAGAGAGGGAGGAAAAUUUCUGUUUUUAAUGAGGGAGAG